ACAGACGUUGGUUUAUGCUUUUGUCCUUUGCCCCGCCCCUGCCCCUUCUUCCACCCACCUUCAUUCACUACCUCUUUCUUGCACUCCUUUGCUUUAGCCGCUUCGCUCUUUCUUACCGACCUUGGCUCAUGCGAACAUUCUCGUCCACAGAUUUCUGGAAACUUCCACUUGUUGUAGCUGCUUUUUGGCGAUUUGUGAACGGAGUUGGAAGCGCGUAAUCAAAUCUGCGAACUCGUACAUGUUCUGGUUUUCACGUCGUGACAACCACCGCGCGGUGGUCAUGCUUCUGCUGCUCACAGUGCAACUAAGAGAAAGAUACACCGGCCGCGGGAUUGAUAAACUGCCUCCUUAUAACUGGCGAGUUUUCGGGCCUGCAGAGGAAAGGAGUGAUUCGAGUGCACUGUAAGUGUGGUUUAGACGAUUUGUGUGCAGGGACUUGGAGCCACCCAUACUUCGGAUAGUGAGCGACUGCGUUUUUCACGGCACGUUGUUAUGGAUUCUGAGAACCUCCCCGUGCUUCCACAAAUGAUAUGGGGUUACAUUGUUACCUUUCUCGAGGACGCGAAGGAUCUUGCAAUUGCUUCGGUAGUAUCCAAAUGUUUUCGGGAGGCAUGUUACAGCGUUCGAUCAAUCCGUAUAAAUGUGACUGAUAAAGAUCAUGAAAACGCCCGAAAUAAUCACAAUAAUGCCGAACAGCGGUCGAAUGUCGAACUUCAGCAAAAUCAAACGUCAUCAAAGUUGAAUAAAGCAGAAGCGACUUCAUCCGAGGGCCGGUCACGCUCGGGUUCAAAGUUUCGAAACGUGAAGGAUAAAGUGUUAAUGAUUCUGUCCGAGAGGCAAUGCAUAGAGCAACUACGUAUUGAAGCUGAGCCGAAGUUGCAAGCAAAAAAUGUGCCCGAUGUUGAAAAAAGACGAACGGACUUUUGGAUUUGUGAUCCAUAUUCUUUGAAGGAAUGGUUACCAGGCAUUGGUUCUACGCUUCAACAACUAUGCAUAGUGGAUUAUGGGCAGCAGGCUAUAAUGCGCAGGUCGAGCAUUGUUAUGAUUUUAUCGAAUAACUGCCCAUUGCUGACGACAUUAGAGCUGAGAAACAUGUUCAUUGAUACUAGUCAAUGUGGUGUAAUGAACUCAAUGAAAAGAUUGACAUUACGCUGCGUGAAAGUAGUUCCUCCAGCUUUAAAUGAUAUAAAUCAUUGCAUGCCCAAUCUAGACACAUUGGCGCUGCUUGGAGUAUUUGGUGUUGAGGGAGGAGACUUGAAAUUUGAGAAGAUGAAAGUCCUAUGCUUGGGUCUAUCUUCUCCAGCCAAAUCCAUUUCCUUGGAUCUUCCUAUGUUGGAAAAGUUGCAACUUAAGAUGCAAUGUCCAGAGAAUCUCAAGAUAUGGGCACGUCUUCUUAAAUAUGUUGCCUUUAAUUUGGAGGUGCCGGAGGGAUCACAUGUGCAGUUGCGUUGUGAACAAGUAUGGCUUAAGGAUGUCACGCUUCAAGGUUUACAUGAGCUGUUGUACGGGGCUUCUAGUUUUAAUUCAUUUGCAGAUCUUGUCCAAGCGAAUAAAAGGACCUUGAGGAAAAUAUAUUUUGACAUUCCUUGUAUGGUACUUGGUGAAGAUGGUAACUUUAUGAGAGUAUUGGAUUGUUUCCCGUUGACCUUGCCAAAAUUUAGUGAAUUACACGGUUGUGAAGCAUUAGAAGUCCUUAAUAUUGGACCUGGUCUAUGGCAUAGUAUGGAAAAAAACAUCGAUCAGCUUAAAUUAACGAAGGUUUGGCCAAAAAUGCAUAUCCUAAUUCUUCACAUGAUUUUAUUUGAUGCAUCAGCUUCAACUACCAUAAUUGAGUUGUUGUUGAGCCCUUUAGUGAAGAAUUUAACAAUUCGUAUUCAUACAUCUAGUCCUGGAGAUGUGAAACUUUUUACUUCUAAUGUUGAGCAACUUGUGAGGGCAAGACCUUUUGAGCAUAUGAAAUGGAAUUUGGAGAAAUGGACUAAGAAACUUUCCUUCAAUCAUUUCAGUUUUUAAUUAAGAAAAAUGUGUGUGCAAAUAUGACAUAAUUGUCAAAUAAAUUAAGAAUUUUACAUCUUUGAUUACUUUGGACAUGAAUUGGUGAUUAAGCUUAAUAUCAUUGUCAAAUAAAUUAGUCAAUUUCACUUCUUUGACCAUCAUAAAUAUGAUGAUAUGCUUGAGUUCUAGAUUAUUGUUAAAACAAAUGGACAAUUUCACAUCUUUGACUAUCUUGAGAAUAGAUAGUUACUCAAGAUCAACAACAUUGCCAAAUGAACUAGUCAAUUUCACAUCUUUGACUAUCUUAAUGAUAGUUAAUUACCUACAAUUGACAUCAUUGCCAAAUGAAUUGUUCAAUCUCACAUUUUUGACAACCUUAAAUAUGAAAAGUUGUUGAAGCUUAUUAUUAUUGCCAAAUGGAUUGGUAAAACUUAUAUCUUUGAUUACCUUGAAUAUAAUUAGUUACUAAAGCUUGACAUCAGUGCUAAAUAAAUUAGGCAAUCUCUCAUUUUCGACCAUGUGAGAUUUAAGAAGAUUUUCAAGGUUGAUAUCAUUGCCAAAUGAAUUGGGCAAUCUCAAAUCUGUAACUAUCUUUAAUGUAAAUGGUCGUUCAAAUUUGAUACUAUUGCCAAAUGAAUUGGGCAAUCUCACAUCUUAGAAUAUUGCCAAUAAAGUAGUUGCUUAAGCUUGACAUCAUUGCUAAAUAAAUUAGAUAAUUUUACACCUUUGACUGUCUUUAAUGUGGAGUGGAGUUCAACCUUGACAUUGUUGUCAAAUGAAUUGGGCAAAUUUACAUGGUUGAUAACCUUAUAAAAAAAAGAGAGUAUAAUCUUAAUAAUUUUGCUAAUUAUAUUGAAUAUUUUUAAAUAUUUGAGUAAAUUUGAUACUAGCAAUUGCUUAAGUAAAUAAUGUUGACAAUUUCAAAUUUUUUACUAUCCUUAAUUCAAGUAAGUACUCAAAUUUGAUAUUAUUGCAAAAUAUAUUGGGCAAUUGUACAUCUUUGACUUCUUGUGAAAUAAUUGGGUGCUUAAGCUUGACAUCAUUAUCAAAUGGAUUAGACUCUUUCAUAGUUUUUAGGAUUUUUGAUAUAAAUAAGUGCUCAAGGUUGAUAUCAUUGAGAAAUCUAGUUAUACUGGAAGAAUUGAGUAUCUUAAGUGUAAAAACUUAACAAACUUCCAAGAUGAGUUUUGAAAUCAAACUAGUUUGAAGAAUCCAUGCAUGUGGAAAUGAAAGGCUUUGGAAGAAUCUUUUAAUGGAAUGAAAAAUUUGAAAGUAUUGGAUAAUUGAAAUUCUUACAAUAUAGGAAAUUGAAGAUGUCAAAAGGGUGAGGACACUUGACAUGUUUGAAGAACCUAUAUAUGAAGAAAUGUUGGGCUUUGGAAAGUAUCUAAGGAGAUUGGAAAAUUUGGUUGUAUUGAAAAAAUUAAAUUUGACUACUAUGAAAAAUUGAAGAAGUUGAUGAAAGGCUUUGAAAGCUUGACAUAUUUGAAGAAAUUGCACAUGAAGAAAUGUGAGGCUUUGAAAUGUGUAGAACAUUGAACAACUUUCAAGAAAGGUUUGAAAGCUUGAUAUAUUUGAAGAAGCUAAGCAUGUGGAAAUGUGAGGCUUUAGAUGAGUUUUCAAGUACAAUGAACAAUCUAAUUGCUUUGAGAGGAUUGUAUUUCUAAUAUUGUAGAAUAUCAAAAGAAAUUACAAGGAUUUAAAAAAUUGACAUUUGUGAAGAAGCUUAGCACAUGAGAAUGUAAGGCUUUAGAUGAGAUUCCAACUAGAUUUUAAAUUCCAAUUACAUUGAAAGAAUUAUGGCUCUAGAAGUACAAAAAGUUAAAAGAAUUGUAAGAACAUGUUCAAAAACUUCACAUAUUCGAAGAAGCUUAGUUUGUAGAAAUGUGAGACUUUAGAAGAGUUUUCUAUUGGGUCAAGGAAUUUAAUUUUUUAUUAGAAAUUUAUGUUUCUCCAAGUACUCAAAGUCAAAGAACUUAUAAAAAGGGACUAAAAACUUUAUAUUUUUGAAGAAGUUGACCAUGUAGAAAUAUGAGCUUUUGGAGAAGGUUUGAAGUAGAUUAGAACUUCUAAUUGCAUUAAAGAUGUUGGAUAUUUCAAAGUAUUGAAUAUUAUUUAACUUCUACAAGUUUGUAAUUUAGUAGAUAUAAUAGUUUUAAUUAUGGCUUUAGAAUUUAGAAUUCUUUUUACAAAAUAUUUUGUAAGUUUUGAAUUUAUUAUCUUCUUUAUUUUGAGAUUGCUAAUUCCAAA